AUGUCUGCCGAGCCUCGCUGGGACCCUAACUUCACCCCCUAUGUGGUUAACGCCAUGGGUCCUAAGACCCCUCCUCGCGCCAAGGAGAUCCUGGGUUGCCUCAUCAAGCACAUCCACGACUUUGCUCGUGAGGUUGAGCUCACUCCCGCUGAGUGGAUGAUGGGUGUCGAGUUCAUCAACUCCAUCGGUGCCAUCUCCACCCCCAUUCGCAACGAGUGCCACCGUAUCUGUGAUGUGAUCGGUCUUGAGUCUCUCGUUGACGAGAUCGCCAACAAGAUCAUCACCGAGCAGGGUAUCUCCCCCACUUCCAACGUUAUCCUGGGCCCCUUCUGGUCCCCCAACGCUCCCUUCCGCGCUCUGGGUGACAGCAUCAUCCAGAACCCCCUCCCCAACGGUCAGGUCACCUACAUGCACGGUGUCAUCAAGGACAUGGAGACUGGCGAGCCCAUCAAGAACGCUGUUCUUGACAUCUGGCAGGCUUCCGCCAACGCCCUCUACGAUUUCCAGGACCCUGAGCAGUCCGAGAACAACCUGCGUGGCAAGUUCCGCACCAACGAGAAGGGCGAGUACUACUGGUACUGCUACCACCCCACUGCCUACUCUCUGCCCACCGACGGCCCCGCCGGUGUCCUCCUCAACCUCAUGGACCGCUCUCCCAUGCGUCCCGCCCACAUCCACUUGAUGAUCACCCACCCCGAUUACGCCACUAUCAUCAACCAGCUCUACCCCAGCACCGACCCCUUCCUCGACAUCGACUCCGUCUUCGCUGUCAAGGAUGACCUCGUUGUUGAGUUCAAGCCCAAGACCGAUGACCCCAAGGCCACUCUCGACCUUGAGUACAACGUCACCAUGGCUCUCAAGAAGCACCACCCCAACCCCAACUCCGCUCCUCCCGUCUCCUCCUUUGAGCGCAGCCAGGCCAAGCCCUCGCUGUAG